GUAGCAUCAGCAUAAUAUGCAGCAAAAUAGGGAGCUCAACAGCAGCAGCAGCAGCGCUGAAAAUCAACGGCUGAGAGACAAACAUGUUAGGGAUCUGAUGGUGGAGAAGAGGAGACUAGUGGAGGUGCCGUACACGGCGUCUCUGGCCCACACGAUGAACGCCCUAGUGGCCAACCGCGUGGUGGCGGUGCCAGUGGCGGCGCCACCUGGGCACUGGAUUGGAGCUGGUGCGUCUAUGAUCAUGGAGUCUGAUAAGCAGACUGGGGCUGUACGGAAGCACUAUAUUGGUAUGGUUACCAUGCUUGAUAUCCUGGCACAUAUUGCUGGAGAUGAUCAAAUGGACGGUGGGGAUGUGUUUGAUCUUGAUCAGAAGAUGGCGGUCCCAGUUUCUUCUAUCAUUGGACACUGCCUUGAGGGUCUUAGUGUAUGGACUCUAAAUCUUAAUACUAGCAUGUUAGAUUGUAUGGAAGUGUUCAGCAAAGGAAUCCACCGGGCUUUGGUACCACUAGACAGCCACAUGGAGAAUAUAUCAGGAGUGGAACUCGUAGAGUCUGCAUCGAGCUAUCGAAUGCUUACACAAAUGGACUUUUUAAGGUUCUUGAAGGAGCAUGAGUCUGAUCUAGAAGGCAUCAUAUCACGCCCACUUAGUGAAUUAGGAGCAGUUACCGAGAAUGUUUAUGCCAUCACUGAUCGCACAAAAGUAAUUGAAGCCAUCAAGUGCAUGAGGGCUACAAUGCUUAAUGCAGUUCCUAUAGUUACAGCCUCAAAUGCCCAUGAAGAAGAUCACAAGCAGCUUAUAGAUGGCAGAGGUAGGAAGCUAAUAGGUACAUUUUUCGCCACAGAUUUGAGGGGUAGCCUCCUUGCCACACUGCAAUCAUGGUUGCCUUUGAGUGCACUAGACUUUACCGAGUAUGUCUCGAAAGGCCCCCUAUAUGCAUCUUCGGAUUCACCAAGGCAACUCGUGACUUGUCUACCUGAAUCAUCCCUCACCGAAGUGAUUGACAAAGCAGUCACUAAACAUGUCCACCGAGUUUGGGUUGUGGAUCAACAGGGCUUACUUGUCGGGCUUGUUUCUCUCACAGACAUUAUUAGAGUGAUAAGGCUUUCGCUGCAAUCGGAGUCCCAAGUGAUGUGAAAAGCCUUCUAGUGUGCUACACGUUAGGAAUGAAAAUCAGGGACCAAGUAUGCUAAUUUAACAAAACGCAAUGGUCUAGCACUAUAGAUUUGUCCGACAUGAAAAGCAUACAGUUUG